UAUAGGUAGGGAUAAAGUGACUAGACAACAGGAUAAUAAACAUUGCAGUUUUCAUAAUUGGUCUUAAAUAUUUUUAAAUCCAUAUUUUUUAAAUCUCAUAAAUAACUUAUCGCCUUUUCUUGUCAUAAUAUAAUUUAAUUCAAUGGCCAUUUUUAUCUUAUUAUUCAGCUAAUGAUAUUACAAUGUGUUUAAAUGCAGGCUUUUAUUUUGAAGGUUUCCUCAUUACCAUACAAAAGUGGAGUCUUUGUUUGUGCUGCUGGCAGAAUAGGACUGCUGUUGCCUGAAGAUAAGACCAUGGUAGAUCUAUGGAAGAAACAACAGAAACUGGACUCAUUUUUGAAGAAGAAUACACGUCCAAGUAACACUUCAAACAACCAGCAACAAACUCCUGACCAAUCUCCAGGAUCUGAUGCCAAGAGUUCUCAUCAGAGUAAAUCCUCUGGCAACCAGCCAGGAACAUCUAGCCAAUCUCAGGAUCCUGAUAUCAAGAAAGAAGCACAUGAUGAAAGCCAUUCCUUCCGAUACCGCUUCGAAUACAAACAAUACAGAGUUACAUGCCAUACUCAUGGAACGGUCCUGGGUGCACUGCGAACAAGUCCGGAGUUCGAGAACAUGACAAAGAMAAAACAGGGGAUGGAAAUUGUCAUCCAAAGAGAAAAAGAGCGAAGGGCAGCUGUCAGUACACAUUUCCCCUGCCAUUUAAUUGAUAACGAUGAGCUAGUGACAGUCAGCUUCAUCAGAGGUCCAAAAGGCAGUUCUUCAGAUACCCAGAGCCUUUCCAAACGGAGUAACCCCCCCCAAAAAAUACAACCUGACAAGUUGAUGACUUUCUGUGUUGAAACUGAGGGUGGACAAAAUAUUAAAACRAAAGUAAUGAAAAACCCAGAGCUAAAGAAGAAAGUGAAGUAU